AUGAGUUCCAUCGACGUUGUGAUGGACCAAGUCCUGGUCCAGUCUGGAGUGGAGUCAACACUCAGACAGCCGGUAACGAAGGGAGACGUGAACUACAACCUGUUGAUCUCGAACUUAACCGAGCAGCUUGACAUCCAUCAGGAAAAACAUCAGGCUUUGAAGUUGAUUGUGAGACUAUUGCCACCGCUGUUAACAGCAGAAGAGUUCUUCAAUCAGGUGUCCUCUGUUCUCCAACCCUCAUGGAUGAAGGCUAACUACUAUGUGAGAGGCUAUUAUCCGUCAGAUACGUUUAAACAGCCCAUGCACUCUAGGUGUUACAUUCUGUUUGAUUCAGAGGAACAUCUGAGGUGUUUCGUGAAGGAAACGCGAUCCAUUCCGUUCCACAACUCUGCGAACCUGGCUCAAGGACACACGCUUUCGGAAGCACUUCUGACCAAAGAGUUCAUACCGACCAUGGAAAGAGCCACAUCAGAAAUAAUGGCAUUCCCAAGCGAAUACGAUACUUUUGCAAGGGCUGACAAGCCGCGAGUGACACCAGCGUUCCAGGCCUUUGAGAAUUGGCUCAAAAUUACGGAUAAUCCUGCCGAGAAGGCCCAAUUGGCCAAACAGGGAUUCCUGACUGAUGUUAACUGGCAGCUUCUGAAAAAUAGGUCUAAAAGGUCGGCUCUGAAGUCUAAAGCGAAGUCUCGCAAGGAUGCCAGUGAGAAGAAACAGGAUCCUCAACGCCGUGAGAAGUCUGCAACCCCAGACUCCAAGAACCAGGGGUCUUCAAAGAAAAAAGAUGAUACCAAGGGCACUGGGAACAAAUCAGAAUCUGCGAAGAAAAAUCCGAAAAAGAAGCAAUCGGGAAUCGAGGCAAACGGGGAGACUAAGACGGAGGGAAAAGCUUCGAGAGACAAGUCUGCCUCCAAACAGGCAAAACUGAAGGAUAAAACAGAGACAGAGAAAAAAGAACCAAAGAAGAAUCACGGAAAUAAGAAAUCAUCAGCACCGAAGAGCGUUGGUGAAAGUACAGGAGUUGACCCAAAAGCUGGCCCUAAAGCUGAUCCAACCUCCAGCGACAAAAAACCUAAGAAGUCUAAGGAAGCUUCAAGACCAAAGUCAGCUCCAUCCGCAUUGGAGUCUGAAAAGCCCGAAAGACCAAAGAAAGAAAAAAAGAAGAAAGUCUUGUCUUCUGGUGAUAUCACACCCGGCGCAAAUGACAGGAAAGAGACGGGAUCUGAAGCAAAAAAACCCGCAAAAAGGAGAGACAACAAAAAAGAUACAAAACCAGACGGUAAUGUGAAAACCGAAACAAAGCUGAUUUCAAGGUCUGAGGUCCCAAAAAAAGAAAAUGGAGGAGAACCGAAAGAGCCAAAACCCAAGAAAGUGCUGCUGAUGAGGAGACCAAAAGAGGUGGAUGGCACAACAUCGUGA